GGCGGGGCCUGCCUUGGCGUCGAUUUGCCGCCCGGGAGGCCCCGGGGUUUAGUGGGGAGCCAUGGCGCAGCGGAGGGCGGCGGAGCGCGGGCCUUGCCAAGCGGCGGAGAGCGCCAGGCAUCAGAGGCAGCUUCUAGAAGGGAAAGCUCAGGCAGAAGGUGGAUCAGCUCGGACAUCACUUCUUAUUUUAGUGUCAAUCUUCUUAUCAGCUGCUUUCCUUAUGUUCCUGGUAUAUAAAAAUUUCCCGCAACUUAGUGAAGAAGAAAGAGAAUAUAUAAAGGUUCCUAGAGAUAUGGGUGACGCAAAGGCCUUGGGAAAAGUCCUGUCCAAAUAUAAGGACACAUUUUAUGUUCAAGUAUUAGUGGCUUAUUUUGCCACAUAUGUUUUCUUGCAAACAUUUGCUAUCCCUGGGUCUAUAUUUCUCAGUAUCCUUUCAGGGUUUCUUUAUCCCUUUCCACUGGCCUUAUUUCUUGUUUGUCUGUGCUCAGGACUUGGAGCAUCAUUCUGCUAUAUGCUUUCAUACCUAGUGGGACGUCCUGUUGUAUACAGAUAUUUAACAGAAAAAGCAGUAAAAUGGUCAGAACAGGUUGAACGACACAGAGAACACCUCAUUAACUACAUAAUAUUUUUGAGAAUAACACCUUUUCUUCCCAACUGGUUUAUCAAUAUAACGUCUCCUGUAAUUAAUGUGCCAUUGAAAGUAUUUUUCAUUGGCACUUUUCUAGGUGUGGCACCGCCAUCUUUUGUAGCCAUUAAGGCAGGAACAACGCUGUACCAACUUACAACAGCAGGGGAAGCUGUUUCCUGGAACUCUGUUUUUGUUCUCAUGAUUCUAGCCAUCCUCUCCAUCUUACCAGCUGUCUUCCAGAAGAAACUAAAACAGAAGUUUGAAUAAGGAUCAAACUGGACCAGAAUUUCUCAUUCUUCAUCUCAGGAUCAGCACUUCUGAUACUUGUAUAUUUGCUUUUCUAUUGGAUCUUAAGCAGUUGAAGGGGAGGCUUGUAAUUGAUAAGAAUGUCUUUAAAUGAACACAUGGCCUAAAUAGAAGGAACUGUGUUCAGAAACGUACUGCAUCUAGUUUUGUAACCAAACCAUCAGUGUUUUACUUUGGGAGGGGGCUGUGGGGCCCUCAGGAUGAGGGAAGUGAAAACACAGAUGUAACAUUUUGCUCUGAUUAUCUGCAGAGCAAAAAUUGUAGUGUAGACAUAUACUACAGAUAAUGCUUUCUAACCCUUAAUUAUUCAGUCCAACUUUGUAAUGUUCUCUGUGGGCUUGCAUGUGACAUGGUCUGAGUACAUUUCCCAUCAACAAUAUUUUUUUCUGUUUGGAGUUCCAAAAUACGAGCAUAAUAUAAUAAUGGUGCUCACUCAAACAAAGGUUUUUUUGCAGUACUUUAACUACACUGAUAUUCUCAUCCUGAUUGUUUACUUCUAUUUAUUAGCGCUGUGUGGAUUUAAAUACUUGAACCUACAUCUGCUUUACUAACUGGAUUAACAAAGGCUAAGUGUCACAUCAUUCCCUCUUGUCCUCUGUAAAGUUUUAUACUGGGCGAGGAUAUAGGAAGGGAGAGAGCAGGUUAGAAUUUUUAUUGUGGCUGGCUGAUGAUUUUGGAGCUCUAAUUUUAAUUUUUGAAUGUUGAUUAUUUUGCCAAUAUUUCACUUGCAUAUAUUUAUCCUGCCAAUUUAAGAAAAUGAUCGUAUGAUUAUAUAAAAGUCUCAGUUCUCAAGUGAUUUUAAAAAUGUAUAACUUUAAGCAGUGUAAUAUUGCCAUUUCUCAAGCUAUAUGUAAAGAGUAUAAAAUUUUCUGUUGCAGCUCCAUUAGCUAGAAAUGUCAGGUACACAAACUGGUGCGGAGCUGAUUCUAAAUAAUGUUCAAAGCAUCACGUAACAGAAGGCUCAUGUGUCAGUAUAUAUAAAAUUGAAAGGAUGAUUCCAUUGUCUGGUAAGUCAGGAACUGGCAAUGGGCAACCAGCUGUGAUUCACCUUUAAGUAAAAGUAUAUCUAUUCACUCAAUAAGGUAUAUGAUACCUCCCCUUGUAUACUUAAAACUGUUGUAGUUUGUUGUACUGUCAGUGGAAUCCCAUAAAAUGAGGCCCUGAUCAGCAAGGAACGGGGGGCAUAUUUAAGUUUUAUCCUGCUGAAACCAAUGCUGCUUAUAUGCUUUAAGUUUGUGCCCUGAAAUAUCUUGCUGAAAUGGGAGUUGACACAUUAGCCUGUGCUCCAGUUUAAGGGUUUAUUUGUCCGUAUCCUCAUGUUAACUCAUUGUAUGAUAGAUCAUUUGAGAUGUAAGAGAACAUAAAUGUGAUGAUGUGAAAGGUACUGGUACCUUUAAAGAGUUUUCUUCUUUUUGUAACAUAAUGUUAAUUGACUCCUUUGUUUCAUCACAGUAUUACAUGUAAAUUAUAUAGUAAAUAUUACUGAUAUGCUGUUUGUCUUUCAUUUAAAUCUGGGCUGCACAGUAAAUGGUAUUUCUUACGUAGGUAUAUAAAGGAAUUCAUAUCACUUCUGUUUGCAAGUUUAUGCUAAGAUCAUUUAGCUUCAGCAGUUGUUAUUUAGAAUUUACUCUAAAAGUGUACUUUAUUGGCAUUUAAAACUGAACAGUGAUUAUUUUAAUUGCUGCAGUUCUAAUCUCAGAGGUGAUAUACCCAGGGGACUUAUUCCAUAGUAAACUUCAGUGUGAAUUUAGCUGUUGUGAGCAAGUGUCCCCUGGGCUGUUGGGUGUGAAGCUGCUGUAGAUUUACAGCUUGCUGUUUUACAUAGUUAAUUUUUCAUGCAGAUGGAAUCUCAGAAUAAAUUACCUACUACUUAUUGUGCAGUGGCUUUUCUCAAAACUUCUCAGUUUCUGGUCGAUAACAUACUGUUGUAAAGUCCCUUCUAUUCUGUGUAAAGCCAAUACUUUGGUGGAACCUUGACACUAGAGAAGGAACUGAACUAUGUUUUAAUUUAAUGUGAAUCGUGCUAUCACUUAACAUUUUCACUGCAUUAUAUUUCACUGUGUGGAUGGGAUCAGGCUACGUUAAUUGAAAAUCUGUUGUUUCAGCCAUAGACUGGGUUCCCAUCACAGUAGCUAAAAGCCUUAAGACCUUAAGAAGGUUGAAAAUAUGUUUCUUUCCCUUUGUAAAACCUUAGUGGUUUUUAAAUGUGUCACUUCAGCUGCUGAUGGCCUCAGCCGGUUUCCUGCCCUAUGAGGGCUGCUUCUGAGGGCUAUGGAGAGUAAGGAAGGCCUCAUGAAAAAGGCAAAAAAGCCCUGUGCUGUAGAAUGCUGUGCUAGCCUACCCUUGCCUUUUGGGAAUGCAGCAAGUGAUCCAAGAGAUAGCCAUAACGUUUUAACAGAAAAACAGUGUCUACCAUGAAACAAAGUGAGAAAUCAGGAAGAUAGAGAUUUGGAUUUUUAAUUGCAAGGAGUUUUGAGCUGUUAGGUGACCUGUUUAUCUUUUGGAUUUUUUUUGUGAUACCUGUGUGACAUCAUUACUAAAUGUCUCUUGCCAUUUGGUAAUAAAGCUAUUAUACAAAAUAAGAAACAUUGUAUGUUUGAGUACAAUGAAGCAUGCUGAACUUCCCACUAAGCUUAAUUUUUAUUAAUCUGUUUAAAAGGGAUAAGUUCUUCUUAAAUGGUAUUUUUAAUGACUAAUUAAAAAUUAAACUGAACUGAC